GAGGGUAGGAAAUGUUACUAACAACAAAAUGAACGGAACCGAUGAUUCUCAAUUGCCGCCGUCUUCCCUACUUGAGAAGCUGCAGAAGAUUAGUGGAAGCAGGACACCGCAGCACCGCCAAGAACUCGAACGCUGAAAGCUAAAAACUCUUAGACGCCACCGCACAUCAUAACUCUCUGUAAUGCUUGCAAUUAAACCCAGACUUUUUUAUCACAGAGCCAUGUCAGCUGCCGCCGCAAUCUCUUCAUCAUCGUCGUCGUCUCUAUGCGGCAAAACCCAUCAUACCUUACCCCUUACUAGUGCUACCGAUCCAAAGCUCUUUAAUCAACAACUAUUCCUCAACAACCGUCUUUCUUUGCCCGCCACCCUUCCUGCUGUUUCCCUCCGCUGCUUCGCCUCUACCUCCACCCCAACUGCCACCAUGGAUAAAAUCAAAGUUCAAAACCCAAUUGUCGAAAUGGACGGUGAUGAAAUGGCUAGGGUCAUCUGGAAAAUGAUAAAAGACAAGUUAAUAUUUCCCUACCUGGAAUUGGAUAUUAAGUAUUUUGAUUUAGGGAUACUCAAUCGUGAUGCUACUGAUGAUAGAGUCACUGUAGAAAGUGCCGAAGCUACUCUUAAGUACAAUGUUGCCGUAAAAUGUGCUACUAUUACUUCAGAUGAAACCAGAGUCAAGGAAUUUGGGCUGAAAUCUAUGUGGAAGAGCCCCAAUGGCACAAUCAGGAAUAUAUUGAAUGGUACUGUUUUCCGUGAGCCUAUUAUUUGCCAGAACAUUCCAAGAAUUGUUCCUGGUUGGAAGAAACCCAUUUGCAUUGGUAGGCAUGCCUUUGGCGAUCAAUAUCGUGCUACUGAUACACUCAUUACAGGACCUGGAAGGCUGAAAAUGGUUUUUGAGCCUGAAAGUGGGGAAGCCCCAGUGGAAUUGGAUGUCUAUGAAUUCAAAGGUCCUGGGGUUGCACUUGCCAUGUAUAACAUUGACCAGUCUAUUCGAGCAUUUGCUGAAUCCUCAAUGUCAUUGGCGUUUUCAAAGAAAUGGCCCCUUUACCUAAGCACCAAAAAUACAAUUCUGAAGAAAUAUGACGGCAGGUUUAAGGACAUAUUUGAGGAGGUAUAUCAGGAGAAGUGGAAGCACAAGUUUGAGGAACAUUCUAUAUGGUAUGAGCAUCGCUUGAUAGAUGACAUGGUGGCUUAUGCAAUAAAGAGUGAUGGAGGCUAUGUUUGGGCAUGCAAAAACUAUGAUGGAGAUGUCCAGAGUGAUUUACUUGCUCAAGGAUUUGGUUCUCUAGGCCUCAUGACGUCUGUAUUGUUAUCCUCUGAUGGCAAGACAUUGGAAGCUGAAGCAGCUCAUGGGACCGUAACCCGUCAUUUUCGACUGUACCAGAAGGGUCAGGAUACCAGCACAAAUAGCAUUGCUUCCAUUUUUGCCUGGACUAGAGGCCUGGAACAUCGGGCCAAACUCGAUGAGAACAAGAAGUUGUUGGAUUUUGUCCACAACCUAGAGGCUGCAUGUAUUGGAACUGUUGAGUCUGGGAAAAUGACAAAGGAUCUUGCCAUAUUGAUUCAUGGACCCAAGGUAUCAAGGGAGUUUUACUUGGACACUGAAGAGUUCAUCGGGGCUGUAGCAACACAUCUUCAAAAGAAACUCCAAGCACCUGCAUCUGUCUGAGAGAUCUGCAGCUAUUCUAUGGAGUUGGAAUUGGGAAAAUUUUCUGGUUCAGGUUGACGGGGCUACUUGUUUUGACCCCAAUAGACUAGAGGCGUCACUUCAUGGUGCGUUGAGCUCACUAUGGAUUGAACCGAGGGAGCAUGACAAACACAAGUGUAUGCUGACGUUUAACAGAAGAAAAGUGCCGUUGAAGACGGAAGACGGGGUUGCGACAUUUCAUGACAAAAAAAAAAUGAAAUCUGAAACAGACCAAUUGGUUUUUCAGAGUACUUUCUUGUCCGCUGCUCAUCUUAUUCGAAAUUUUCAUGAUGUUCCUAAAAGUGCUUCCCUGUCAUAGCUACUGCUACUUAAUAAUCGUGGAGAUGAAUGAGAUUUUGAUGCAAUUAUUGUAUUUUUACUAAUUCGCUA